GCGCUGCCGGCUCCACGCUCGCUCGCAGCCGGACACAGACUCUGCCUUCAGCUGCCAGCGGAUCGCGCUGGAGCCGCCGCGGCUGCUGCGGAAGAAGAAAAAAAAGGGAAACAACAGCCCGGCCGUCAGCGGAGCAGCGCCCAGCCCCAGCUCAGCCCCCGGAGUGCGGAGCCGCCCAGAGUUAUGUCAUGCCCAGACCAGCAGAGGGCUCCAUGAGGAUUCAUAGAAGAUGCCCCGCGUCUGGGCGCCUUUGGUGCUGCUUCCCACGUGGCUCGUGAUGGUUGCCUGCAGUCCGCACUCCCUGAGGAUUGCUGCUAUCCUGGAUGACCCCAUGGAGUGCAGCAGAGGGGAGCGGCUGUCCAUCACCCUGGCCAAGAACCGCAUCAACCGUGCUCCCGAGAGGCUGGGCAAGGCCAAGGUCGAAGUGGACAUCUUUGAGCUUCUCAGAGACAGCGAGUACGAGACUGCAGAAACCAUGUGUCAGAUCCUUCCCAAGGGGGUGGUCGCUGUCCUGGGACCAUCCUCCAGCCCGGCCUCCAGCUCCAUCAUCAGCAACAUCUGUGGGGAGAAGGAGGUCCCUCAUUUCAAAGUGGCCCCGGAGGAGUUUAUCAAGUUCCAGUUCCAGAGAUUCACAACCCUGAACCUCCACCCCAGCAGCACUGACAUCAGCGUGGCUGUAGCUGGGAUCCUGAACUUCUUCAAUUGCACCACCGCCUGCCUCAUCUGUGCCAAAGCAGAAUGCCUUUUAAACCUCGAGAAGCUGCUCCGGCAAUUCCUGAUCUCCAAGGACACCCUCUCGGUCCGGAUGCUGGAUGACACGAGGGACCCCACCCCACUCCUCAAGGAGAUCCGGGACGACAAGACGGCCACCAUCAUCAUCCAUGCCAACGCGUCCAUGUCCCACACCAUCCUCCUGAAGGCAGCGGAACUAGGGAUGGUGUCAGCCUAUUACACAUACAUCUUCACUAAUCUGGAGUUUUCGCUCCAGAGGAUGGACAGCCUCGUGGAUGAUCGCGUCAACAUCCUGGGAUUUUCCAUUUUCAACCAGUCCCAUGCUUUCUUCCAAGAGUUUACCCAGAGCCUCAACCAGUCCUGGCAAGAGAACUGUGACCAUGUGCCCUUCACGGGGCCCGCACUGUCCUCCGCCCUGCUGUUUGACGCCGUCUACGCUGUGGUGAUGGCGGUGCAGGAGCUGAACCGCAGCCAGGAGAUCGGCGUGAAGCCCCUGUCCUGUGGCUCAGCCCAGAUCUGGCAGCACGGCACCAGCCUCAUGAACUACCUGCGCAUGGUAGAAUUGGAAGGUCUCACCGGCCACAUUGAAUUCAACAGCAAAGGCCAGAGGUCCAACUAUGCCUUGAAAAUCUUACAGUUCACAAGGAAUGGUUUCCGGCAGAUCGGCCAGUGGCACGUGGCAGACGGCCUCAGCAUGGACAGCCGCCUCUACGCCUCCAACGUCUCCGACAGUCUCUUCAAUACCACCCUGGUCGUCACCACCAUCCUGGAAAACCCGUAUUUAAUGCUGAAGGGAAACCACCAGGAGAUGGAAGGCAAUGACCGCUACGAGGGCUUCUGUGUGGACAUGCUCAAGGAGCUGGCAGAGAUCCUCCGGUUCAACUACAAGAUCCGCCUGGUCGGGGACGGCGUGUACGGCGUGCCCGAGGCCAAUGGCACCUGGACGGGAAUGGUCGGGGAGCUGAUCGCUCGGGUAAGGAAAGAACAGAAAGCAGAUCUGGCCGUGGCGGGCCUCACCAUUACUGCUGAACGGGAGAAGGUGAUUGAUUUCUCAAAGCCAUUCAUGACUCUGGGAAUUAGCAUUCUUUACCGAGUUCAUAUGGGCCGCAGACCCGGCUAUUUCUCCUUCCUGGACCCUUUUUCUCCUGGCGUCUGGCUCUUCAUGCUUCUAGCCUAUCUGGCCGUCAGCUGUGUCCUCUUCCUAGUGGCUCGGUUGACGCCCUACGAGUGGUACACACCCCACCCGUGUGCCCAGGGCCGGUGCAACCUCCUGGUGAAUCAGUACUCCCUCGGCAACAGCCUCUGGUUCCCGGUCGGGGGCUUCAUGCAGCAGGGCUCCACCAUCGCGCCUCGCGCCUUAUCCACCCGCUGCGUCAGUGGCGUCUGGUGGGCGUUCACGCUGAUCAUCAUCUCAUCCUACACAGCCAACCUGGCAGCCUUCCUGACCGUGCAGCGCAUGGAUGUGCCCAUUGAGUCGGUGGACGACCUGGCGGACCAGACCGCCAUCGAGUAUGGCACGAUUCACGGAGGCUCCAGCAUGACCUUCUUCCAAAAUUCCCGCUAUCAGACCUACCAGCGCAUGUGGAAUUACAUGUACUCCAAGCAGCCGAGUGUGUUCGUGAAGAGCACGGAGGAGGGGAUCGCCAGGGUGUUGAAUUCCAACUACGCCUUCCUUCUGGAAUCCACCAUGAAUGAGUACUAUCGGCAGCGCAACUGCAACCUCACUCAGAUUGGGGGCCUGCUGGACACCAAGGGCUAUGGGAUUGGCAUGCCAGUCGGCUCCGUCUUCCGGGACGAGUUUGAUCUGGCCAUUCUCCAGUUGCAGGAGAACAACCGUCUGGAAAUUCUGAAGCGCAAGUGGUGGGAAGGGGGCAAGUGCCCCAAGGAGGAAGACCACAGAGCCAAAGGACUGGGAAUGGAGAAUAUUGGUGGAAUCUUUGUGGUUCUUAUUUGUGGCUUAAUCGUGGCCAUUUUUAUGGCUAUGUUGGAGUUUUUAUGGACUCUCCGACACUCAGAAGCGACCGAGGUAAAGCUGUUUAGAGAUAUCCCAAUUCACGAGAGCUCCUAAUGACAUCUUCCUUCUCAGGGAUUUUGAAUAAGUUUAGUUCCCAAACCUGUGGCUUAGAAACUGGGUUAAUAUAAACUUCACACAGAUGGAAGAGUUUGAGAGAAGGAAGACGACUUUACCCCAUUCUAUCUCCAUUCCAGGGCACAAAUCCUUACACGCUACUUGCAUUGUUCGGUUUUUGAAAUACAUUGGCCUCUAUCUCAAUCUCCCAACUCCUGAUCGUCCUAAAAUCUCCUUCCCUAAUUGACAGCUCCUAACAGCAGAUAACAGUACAGAAGAGUACAGCACCCCUAUAAACCUAGGCGGUCCAGCCUCAUAUAGGGCUCCAUUCAACACUGCUGACCAGUCUUUUCCUUUUCUGUGCUCAGCCUCUUUCCCACUUCCCAGUAGGACUUCCAAGCCAUCACCCACACUCCUCACAUCCCUUUGCUCCUCCAUGACUAAUUUUGCCUCCUGCCUCACCUGGAACUCAGGAGUGACCAGCCCCAAAUUAAAACACCCACCUGAAAAUUUACCCACAACUGGAGCCACCCCCAGGGCUUCUGCAGGUGUUCUGGUCAUCCCUCCAUCUCUGCCUUGUUGCCACCUUUCCUCAGCUCCUCUAGGAUUAUCCUUUUUCUCCCCUUUAUUUAUUUUUUUUGCCUGCUCUCUCCCCCAAGUCCAAAACUAUGCUCAUGUUUAUCCAUAUCUUCAAAUAAUAGCCAUGAUGCUGUAGCUCUUGCCCUACCCCUCUCCUCUUGCAAGCCCAGGUGAUCCGACUGCCUCUCUCUCCAUGUGCUCGCCUCCCAUUCGGGCCUCACUCCACGGCAGCUGGCUUCUCCCCACCCCUUCCCCGAAAGGUCAUGGCUGAGAGGUCUGACCCCUCCCAAUGAACAAAACCAAAAGAGAACCCACUGGGCCUUAUUGGACCUCAGUGUGGCCCUUGAUGAAGUGGACCGCUCUUUCCAGAACUCUCUCCUCCCUUGCCUUGCCUGCUCCAAGCUCUCUUGGUUUCCCUCCUCCUUCCCUCUCCAGCGUUACUGGCUUUCUCCUUCUGUCCACCCCUUAAAUGGCUGUGCUCUUACCUCUUCCUAAGACCUCGUUCAGGUGUUCCUGUCCCUGUGAAACCUUCCACAGUUCUCCUGCCUUCUUCCCUGGACCAGAAAGUUGCUCAUUCCUCCUCCUUUCCACCACCCCUGUAACCAGCACAUAGAGCACUUACAAACUGUGUGUCAAUUAUUUUCGCAUCAGCCUGGCUACGAGACAUUGCACUGCCUGAAAGUAAGGACUGAGUCCUUUGUGUCUGUAUUUCCACUGCAAAGCACAGUGUUUGAUACUUAGUUGACAGUCAAUAAAUAUCAAUAUAUGUCUUUAUGUUCUUGUCACAUAUAAUAGAUUAGGCAGGUGGAGGUGUUUUUGUUGUAAUUAUUAUUAGAAGCACAGAGAAGUCAAGUGACUUGACUACAGUUUCUGCUAUUCACUAACAACCUUGGGUCUAGAAUCCAGGUCUCAAGUCCUAACUCAGGCCGUGUUCCAUUAGGGGAUUCUACUUCUCUGUAGCUGCUUCAGGUAGAGGAUCUGUGCACGCUGGGUUAUUCUCCCAAGAGCUCGCCAGUGGUCUGGAUGUACCUUGAAAAAUUCAGUGAGGAGUUCACGCUCUCCCAACAUCUAGAAAGAAGAGUAAAGGCUAAGUUAACUAUUUGACUAUGGUAGAACAACUAUCCUGUUGAUAGAACGGGAAGACUCGAAGAAGUAACGUGAAAGAACAGAAAGCUGCCUCUCCCAUCGUAACGGGAGAAAGUGUCCUUUCCAGCACAGAGUAGAGAAGAAAGCAGAGCAUGCAUGUGCUCUGCAGUAUGUAGGUUUAGGUUCAAAUUCUGGGUCAGCUGUUUGUUAGUCGAGUGAUUUCUGGCAAGGUAUCUAACUUCUCUGAGCCUCUAUUUCCACAUCUGUGAAAUGGGUAUAACAGUAGUAGUCGUGGUACAGGUUCAAGAUUCUUCAUCCACAAUUCUGAAACCUCAAAAGCUCAAAAAGUUCCAAGCUUUUUGUAAGUUUGAUGCCAAUGCUUUUGGUGACAAACCUUAACUUGGACUCGUAUGAGGCUAUUGUUUAUGGUCUUUAACUCACCUGGUGUGAACGUAUAUUCAUUUUGCUACAGAAAUAUUAAUGUGUUUGAAUACAGGGUCUUCCCCAGAGCCCACUGGAAGUGAUACAUAUUUUAUGUGCAUUGUAUUACCUUGUCAAAAUUCAAAAUAUUUUGAAACACAGCUGGACCCAAGAGUUUCUUAUCAGGAGAUGGCAGAGCUGCAGGAGUAGAUUGCCUUGUUUUUGUUAUUAUAGUUAUUGUUAGAACGCAGCCUUUCCAGCCAUAACCAGCUGAUUAAAAGAAAUGAGACUCUUUGGCCUGAGAACAGAAUGUUCAUGGAGACAUGGUUGUUUUUUCACAGGCUUGAAAGACUGACAUGCGGUAAAGGGAUUAUUUAUUUAGUCGGCUUCAAGGUCCAAAUUUAACUGGGAUGGAUGGAUGAAAAGUUCAGGGAGAGGAAUUAAGUCAGUAGAAGGAAGCAGCGUUUAAGGGUAAUCUGCAAAAAUGGUAGCGGCACCUUCCCAACAUGGUGGGAUCAGUGUCUUUGAAGCCGUUCAAAGACAAGACGACCAGCUGGCGGGAUGGUAUGGAGGAUGUUUGAAUAUUAAAUAGCGGGUGGAAGUGAGGAGGUGGAUUGAAAGACCUUCAAACAUAUAAGAUGAUAUAAUUGUGAAACACUGCACCCUAAUCGCGCGCCCGAAUGAGCCCGCAGGGGACCCUCGGGGGCUGGUCCUGAGAGGUCGGGCUGUGACCUCCUCGUGUC